UCAGAAUCAGAUUCAGACGUAUGUUUAUUGUUAAGGAUAUAUAUGUAAUCAGAUAUGGUCUAGAUAGGUAUUAUACUUAGGUUUCAGUUUUCUGAACAAAUUUGUUAUUAAUAGGAAUCAUUUAUAAUAAAUAGUAGAUUUUAAUCAUUAUAUUCAAGCAUUGUUAGUUAAUAAUAGAGAUCAUUCCAAUAUAACACAAAAAUAGCACCUGUGAAUGCCGAUUCUAUUGAUUAUAAGAUAUGUAUACAAAGGCUUAGGUUACCUCUGCUUAUAAGUUCUACAUCUAGCAGUUUAUUGUUUACAGCUAGUCAAUAAAUAUAGCCGUUCCAAUUGGCAACCAGUCAGAUCUAUACAAUAGAACUAAUAUUUAAUCAGUUACAAUUUCAUUACAACUUGUAAACUAUGGAAAAUCAAAUAAGAUAUUUUUGUGAUAUUGUUAAAGAGGUAUUCAACGAUGAAAAUGUUGAGACUGAAACAUCUUCAGAACAGAUACAGGUUGAAAAAGUUAUCAGCAGAAUUUAUAAAUUGUUUGAGCGUGAUGCAUCAAUCGAUCCAAACUUACCAAAGCUCAGGAAGAAAGUACAUAGCAGAAUUUUACAUUCAUGGCUAAUGACUUUGCCUAAAAAUUAUACAUGUCUGGAUGCAAGUCGGCCUUGGCUUAUUUACUGGAUCCUGCAUGCACUAUACUUAUUAAAUGAUAUGCCCCAAGCUGAAACCCUUUCUCAUAUUGUAAAUUUCCUCAAACAAUGCCAACAUAAAGAGGGUGGGUAUGGUGGUGGUCCCUUGCAACACCCACAUUUGGGCACAACUUAUGCAGCUGUUAAUGCUUUAAGUAUAAUUGGGACAGAUGAAGCAUACAAUUCAAUAGACAGGAGCAAAUUACAAAAGUUCUUAUGGACUCUCAGGGAUGUUGAUGGAUCCUUUGCACUUCAUAAAGGAGGAGAACAGGACAUAAGAGGUGCCUAUUGUGCAACUAGUGUAUCAAAACUCACAAAUAUAUAUACAGAUGCUUUGUUUGACAAAACCGCAGAAUGGGUUGUCAGUUGCCAAACAUAUGAAGGAGGUUUUGCAGGUUGUCCUGGUAUGGAGGCACAUGGUGGUUACGCUUUUUGUGGAAUCGCCUGCUUAGCUUUACUAAAUAGAACACAAUUAUGUGAUGUGGAUGCAUUAUUAAGAUGGAGUGUAAACCGUCAAAUGCGUUUAGAGGGUGGUUUUCAAGGAAGAACAAAUAAAUUAGUUGAUGGAUGUUAUUCUUUUUGGCAGGGAGCAAUAUUACCUAUAAUCAGUGCUAUUUUAUCACAAGAAAAUAAAGAAUUAAUAGAAACUGUUUUAUUCAACCAAGGUGCCUUACAAGAAUACAUAAUAGUUUGUUGUGAAGCACCAGAGGGAGGCCUUGUUGAUAAACCGGGAAAACCUCGAGAUAUAUAUCACACAUGUUACACACUGAGUGGAUUAUCGGUAGCCCAGCAUGGCACGGGAGCAGGAGAUGCUCUAGUUAUAGGCACACCAAAUAAUGAACUCAACAGAGUACAUCCUUUGCACAACAUUGCACCCCACCUCGUAUAUAAUGCAAUACAUUAUUUUAUAAGACAUCCUCCUCCAGUGAAAGGUGAUGAAAAAUAAUUGUACAACAAACCAAGUUCAGUAUUUGGCGAACGGUAUGGAACUUAAAUAAAUACUGCCAUCUGCAAACUAA